GGGAACUGGCGACGCUGGAGCUGCUGCCGCCGCGCGACCACCCGGGACUGAGGCUGCAGAGAUGGGGGCCCAACUGAGCACGCUGGGCAACAUAGUGGUGUAUCCUGUCUGGGUCCUCUACAGUCUGGUCAUGAGGCUGUUCCGGUCCCCGGCGCCCGCCAUCACAUUGGAGAACCCUGACGUGAAGUACCCCCUACGGCUGAUCGACAAGGAGAACAUCAGCCAUGACACCAGGAAGUUUCGCUUUGCCCUCCCGUCGCGGGAGCACAUCCUGGGUCUCCCUGUGGGUCAGCACAUCUAUCUGUCCGCCCGCAUCGACGGAAACCUGGUCAUCCGCCCCUACACCCCCGUCUCCAGCGACGACGACAAAGGAUUCGUGGAUCUGGUUGUUAAGAUCUACUUCAAAAAUGUCCACCCAAAGUACCCUGCCGGGGGAAAGAUGUCUCAGUACCUGGAGAGCCUGCAACUCGGGGACACUGUCGACUUCCGGGGCCCGAACGGACUGCUGGUCUAUCAGGGCAAAGGCAAGUUUGCCAUUCGUCCAGACAAGAAAUCAGAGCCGGUUAUCAAAACCACAAAGUCCUUGGGCAUGAUUGCCGGGGGUACCGGAAUCACCCCGAUGCUGCAGCUGAUCCGUGCAAUAAUGAAGGACCCCGGGGACCCCACAGUGUGCCACUUGCUGUUUGCCAACCAGACAGAAAAUGACAUCCUGUUGCGGGCAGAGCUGGAGGAGGUGAGGAACGAGCACUCAGACCGCUUCAAGCUGUGGUUCACCCUGGACAAGGCCCCUGAGGGCUGGGAUUACAGCCAGGGCUUUGUAAAUGAGGAUAUGAUCCGCGCUCACCUGCCGCCGCCAGCAGAAGAUCCCCUGGUCCUGAUGUGCGGCCCCCCUCCCAUGAUCCAGUUUGCCUGCAUCCCCAACCUGGACCGCGUGGGCUACCCUGCUGACCGGCGCUUCGCCUUCUAGGGUUCUGGGGGUCAGAGAGACGGGGUAGCCCUGUCUGGAGUCAAGGACAGGGCUGCGGGGCAUGUCUGUCCCUGCCUCUAUCUUUCUGUCUGUCUGUCUGUCUGCCUGCCACGUCCUGCCUCUGUCUCCCACCCUCCCGCCACAGUGCCUGGCACAACUGGCCACCCCCGGCCCCCGUGCCCCGGCAGGGCUCGUGGCUGCGGCCCGCUGGACUCGGGGUUCCCUGCUCGCUUCUCCUUUUCACAACGAAGUUCAAGGAACCAUUCCAGGCAUGUGUGUGGGUGAACGGAAGCGCUUGCUCGGCAGGGCUGGGGGCAUCUAGGGACGAAGGAGGAGGCGGUGCUAUUGGAUUCCAGCUUUCCUCCAGAGGCGGGGAUGCUAGGAGGGAGAGGGCGGCCACCUCCAGCCCGGCCCAGGUGCCUCCUUGGCAUCAAGGUCCAAAUGUCCCGCGUGUCCUUCCCCUUCCCCGUGCCUUUGGUCUCACAGGGCUUUGGCCCCUGGUGUGAGGAGAGGAGGGGACAGAACCCGAGGGGGGGUUGGUGGGAGGAGUGGG